AUGCCUUCCAGUGAGGAAAGGCAGAGCAGCACUGCACAAGAUGGCCACGACUCAGACGAGCGUCAACCGCUCCUUCCAAAGCCAAAGGAGCAAGAGGAGGAGCCUUUUCCCUUCUUCCCCUUCUUGGUCCUGAUGGUCCUACGUCUAUCGGAGCCCAUAUCCUUUAGCAUCAUCUUCCCCUUCAUCAAUCCACUUGUGGCAGAGCUCAAGGGGGAGGACAGCAACGUGGGACUGUGGGCCGGACUCAUCGAGAGCCUGUUCAUGGCAACGCAGUGCUUUACCUUGCUCUUCUGGGGUGGACAGUCCGACAAGAGAGGCAGGAAGCCUAUUCUGCUCUGCGGUCUCUCAGGGUCGGCCCUGAGUAUUGUCCUCUUUGGUCUCUCCAAGAGCUUCUGGUGGGCAGUGGUUGCAAGAUGCCUGUCAGGUGCUCUCAAUGGCAAUGUAGCUGUCGUCAAAUCGGCAUUGGCAGAGCUGGUACCCUCUCGUCACCAUCCUAUCGCCUUCUCCAGCUUGAGCAUUUGCUGGGGCAUUGGUGUAACAAUAGGUCCGGCUCUUGGCGGCUUCCUUGCCCAGCCUGCGCAGCAAUACCCGACCUGGUUCUCAAAAGGAGCCAAAUUUGGGCUGGGAGGUCUGUGGGAGAAGUAUCCUUACUUUCUCCCAUGCUCCAUCGCUGGCAGUUUGGCGUCGUUGUCGGUCAUAUUCGGCCUCUUCUUUCUUCCCGAAACCCUUCCGAAGAUCGUCAAGCAACGCAAGAGGUCACACGAGAGGACUGAAGAUUCCGAAGGCAGCGCAUCGCCUGUCUCGGUGAAGCAGAAGCAGCCGCGCUUCAGGAGCCGCGUAGGGAGAGUGAGCUCCUUCUACUCUGGCUUCACACCGACAGCCAGUGGAGCCGCCAGUCCGCAUAGCGGGGCAAACGCUAGGCAAGGCUCGAACGGAAAUGUUGCCGCUGCAGCUACUGCAAGGCUAGAGGAGCAGCAAGAGCCAUCCAGUCGCACGGAGUCUGCAGACAGGACAGAUGAUACUGAGUCCUCUGUUCGCAACGAUAAUCCCGAGGGAAACAGUGGCAGUAUCACGAGCCUUAUCAGAACGCCUCAUAUCCAGAGACUUCUUGUAACACAGGCAUUCCUUAGUCUGGUCAUGGUGGGGCUAGAUGCGAUGCAGAUCUUGUUCUUUUAUGAGCCCAUUAAUAUCGGUGGGCUGUCGUUGCAGCCUUCGCAAACGGGACUGAUUCUCUCUUUGGCGGGAGCGGUCGGCACUGUGGCUCAAAUCGGCAUGUUCCCCCGUCUGCAAAGGCAAUUGGGCACACUGCGACUAUAUCGCUUCGCGCUGAUGCUUCUGCCAUUCAGCGUUAUCACAUUGCCAAUGGCGAACGUGGUGGCAAGAGGUCGUCAUCUCGAAGGCGGUGUGGCCGGUAGUGAAGUGGGUGUGUGGGGCUUUGUGGUUGCUUCAAAUCUCCUCAAAGUGUUUGCCUCCUUUGGCUUCGCAAGCAACAUGCUGCUCGUCAAUCAGUCUGCCUCCCUCUUCGCCACUGUCCGUCUAGGGACUUUGAAUGCCCUAGCCCAAAUGGCAUCGAGUGCGAUGCGAGCCAUUGGGCCUCUAACCUUCAGUACCCUACUCAGCAUCACAUUCCAGCAACAACUACUGAAGGGAUAUUUGGCCUGGCUUGUCUUGGCAGUUAUCAGCUCUGGAGGCAUCUUGGCUAGCAUGGGCAUUGCAGAUGUAGAAGGCAUGAUUCACAGAGGCGAGGUAGCGGAGAGGAUCGAGGGACGUGAUGCAUAA